UGAAAUUCAAAUCAUCGAGCCACCCCAGUCCCGCUCGAAAAUGGAUUCACAGAAUGACAUUGUCACUGUCGUCGACACCGUCCGAACGCCGUAUUAUUACAACUCGUCGUCAAUUUCCGUUCUUCCGAACGAGCUUCUCGUCCGCAUUUUCUCGCUUUUCGCUCGUCUCCGCUGCAACACUUCGUCAGGCGAGUGCUACUGUGCCGGACGCUGCAUCGGCCUACCGUGGGUCAAAGUGACCUAUGUCUGUCACCACUGGCGAGAAGCGGCCUUAGCUAGUGCGGCUAUUUGGGCAAGUUCCACAUGGGACGUGUCGAACAUGCCGUCCGAGUGGAUCGGGAGGCUCGUUUCGCGCUCAGCAUCCAUGCCAAUUUCUUUGGACGUUUCCAAUCGUGAAGACCCUUGCAUCGUUUCAAACAGAAUAGCUCUUUUACGUCGGAACAUCAAUCGCAUCGCGCGGCUGGAGGUAGACGAAGAUUUCCUCUCUUGUAGUAUUCUCCCAGCAAUCUUUCCAAUCUUGGCGGAACCUGCACCAUGCCUUCAGCACUUAUAUAUCUUCACUUCUUCAACACAAAGACAAGAAAAACUCCGACUCAUUCCGCCAUUUCACCAAUCUACGUCCCACUUGAAAGUGAUCCGCACUGAAAACUGCUGGCUCUCUGGACUCCAUCCAUCGUCGCGAGCCUUCAUACAC